CCUCUCUCUUCUCCUUCUCCAAUGGUGUUCCAUGUUCCAGGCCAUCCUGAACUUGAUCCUGUGAUUAAUGCUGUUGUUUAUGCCGCUAACUGGAAAUCUCGUACCCCUCAAGAGAUUGGAUAAAGGGUUGCUGAAAAUGGCAGCCUGUAUUCCGGAUUUGGAGGGUCGAACCCUUUUCCAUUAUGCAGCUGCUACAAGAAAGACCCAUGUGUCCAAGUAUUUUAUGGAGCAAGUGAAAGUUGAUGAUGUCAAUAUGAAAGAUGGGCAGGGUAAUGCGGAGCUUGGCAUUUUAUUUUCACCUAAAUAUGCUGUGGAUGGUAUAGUGAAAGAUGCAUUAUGGCAAUGGGCUCUUUACAGGUCAAACUCCUUUACACCAUGCAAUUCUACGACACUAUUAUCACACUGCUGCUUAUCUUCUUAUGAACGGUGUGGCUUCUAAUGCAGAAAAUGAAAAUGGGGAGACUUCUCUGCAUUAUGCUGCAUGUACAGUUUAGCUAUAUCUCUUUGCAAAAAGGAAAACUGGUCUCCUUCACCCUCAAAAAAUUUUCCCUUAUUUAGUUUUGGAUCCAGAUGUCAUUCGGUUAAUGAGUAUUAGAAUUUAUACAUUUCUGUUUUGCUUGGCUAUAAUUGAAAAAUUAAUUUGGAUGCUUGUUGAAUGUUGACCGGAUGUAAUG